UGCUAGGUAUCAACGUAGGCCAAUAGGUGCUGUUUUCCUAGAAACGUUAGCGACCGCUGUGGAGGAGGUGGAACGGGCCGGCCCGUCGUAAGUGCUGCUGUAGUGGUCGGUUGGUUUGCUGGUACGGACCAGGGACACGCGAUCAAAGAACUGGAUGGCAUGAUGAUGGAGAAAGCGCUGCGGGUUCGGGGAUAUAGGCGCAGGCGGGUCGGUGACCGAAGACAGCACCAGGAGGUAGCACGAGAGCGAGCUCAUUUCCACAUGUCCACAGGAAACACGCGGAGAACACGCCGAUGGUCUGUGGCAGCAGUGGGACUGCUACUCGGCUGUGCCAUUAACAGGGUGUCGGCUUUGCUGCAGCUGGACCAAGUGCCGAAGAGGACCACCAACGAGAGGAGCGCCACGUUCACGUACGUCUGCACGCCGCUGGACACCACCGAGGAUGACGGGUGCGACGUCAAGUGGUCGCUGGAUUCGGCCGGCUGGGUGCCGGUGGCACUGUCGGCGAACGCGUCGGUUACGGUGGAAGACCUUCUCGACGGCGUCCACUCUCUCUCCCUCAAGAACGACUACACUGCCAACGGACGCUCCGAAACAGAGAGCGUGGAUUACACCUGGACCGUCGACACCGUACCCCCCGAGACGAUCGUGGACACCGGGCCGAGCCAAGAUGGAGAGGCCCCCAGACCCGAAGAGGCAGAUCCCUUCCUUUUCUUCACCUUCCACUGCAGCGAGGACCUGUGCCGCUACCGAUACCAGUUCGAUAACCGCAUCGAGCUGACGGCGACGUGGGACGUGGCGGACGGCAUCGGCCUGAUGGGACAGGUGUCGGUGACCUCCGUGCAGCAGGCUAGCGGAAGCGGUAGCGGCGGUGGGACCGGCGAGGAGGAAGACGGAUCCGGGAAGCUGCAGAUCAACGUCUUCCUGACCGCAGCCAGCAGCUACAGCGACCCCGACGACCCGCAGCUCAUGCCUUCCACGGUGUCCAUCUUCAACACCGGAGGCGCGGUUUCUUCUGGAGCGGGAGACACCGACGGGGCUGGCGGCGUUGGCAGCAGCAACAGCGAUAGUGAUGGGGAAGAAGCUGCUACAGGGGGAGAGCGAGCGGAGGAAGGAGCCCUCGUGGUGUUGGUGCUGGGUUCUCCGGAGGUGGACAGCGGUACGGGUGACACGGUGUUCUCGCUCUCGGCGGAGGUGGAGGUAAGGACCUGUUUUUAUUCGCUGGGGUAG